CGCGAGGUGUGACUUUUACUGUGUUUUACUGUGUUUUACCGCGUUCACUACAGUUUAUCUCUGAGUGGGUCAGCGUAAGAUGCGCUUGCGGUUAAAGGAUAGGGGGUCCUCGCGCAGCUGCUGUUCUCCCGUGGAGCGUCGCAACAACUUCAAGCGGAGAUGAACGGCACGAUGGGCACGGCCCAUUCCCGGGACCCCACCAUCCCGGCCAUCAUGUUCAUCUUCGGCGUGGUGGGCAACGUGAUCGCGGUGGUGGUCCUGCGCAAGACGCGCAAGGAGCAGAAGGAGACCACCUUCUACACGCUGGUGUGCGGCCUGGCCGUCACCGAUCUGCUGGGCACGCUGCUGGCCAGCCCCGUCACCAUCGCCACCUACAUGAAAGGCCGCUGGCCGGGCGGGGACCCCCUGUGCCAGUACUCGGGCUUCGUGCUGCUGUUCUUCUCGCUGGCCGGCCUGAGCUUUACCUGCACCAUGUCCGUGGAGCGCUACCUGGCCAUCAACCACGCCUACCUGUACAGCCGCUACGUGGACCAGCGGCUCGCGGCGUUCGCCAUCGCCGCCAUCUACGUGACCAACGUGCUGUUCUGCGCGCUGCCCAUCAUGGGCCUGGGCAGCGUGGUGCGCCAGUUCCCCGGCAGCUGGUGCUUCAUCGACUGGCGCACCAAUGCGAGCGCGCACGCCGCCUUCUCCUACAUGUACGCGGGCGUGAGCUCAGCGCUCGUGCUCGUCACCGUGGCGUGCAACGUGCUCGUGUGCGGCGCGCUCAUCAUGAUGCACCGGCGCUUCGUGCGCCGCACCUCGCUGGGCACGGACGGCGCGCGCGUGCACGCCGAGCUGCGGCGGCGGAGAAGCUUCGCGCGCAUGGCCGGUGCCGAGAUCCAGAUGGUCAUCGUGCUCAUCGCCACCUCGGCCGUCGUGCUCAUCUGCUCCAUCCCACUUGUGGUGCGUGUUUUUGUGAACCAGCUGUACCGUUACCCAGAGAUGAAAGUGGUCGAGGGCAACCCAGACCUGCAGGCCAUACGCAUUGCUUCGGUCAACGCCAUUCUGGACCCAUGGAUCUACAUCCUGUUGAGGAAGACGGUGCUGCAGAAGGUUCUCGAGAAGGUCAAGUGCCUUUUCUGCCGGAUGGGCGGGCGGAGCCACGGUCCGGGCCACGGGGAGUUCCGCUGCGGUGGCGGAACGCGCAUGUCCACGGUCAUUUCACGAGACUCGCCCACACUGGUAGCGCAAGAGCUGCGAGAUGUGGUCAGCACCUCGCAGACCUACCUGUACCCUCCUGAUGUGGUGGAAAAGAACGGGGGUAGCAUUUGCAUACCCAGAACUUACCCCUGUCCAACAGAGCAGACGCUUUUACAGGACCCCCAGGGCUCGGAGUCUGUAAAUGGGCAGAGCUCUGCUGGGAAAACAGAAAGGACAGAUAUGGAGGCUGAAAAGCAAGGAACGCAGACUGUGGUGUGCACCCAAGUGAGCAAAUCGUCACAGAGUUGCAAGCAACAGAUUCUUCAAGUGACCUUCACGGACGAGACGCUGAACUUACAAGAAAGGUGUAUAUGAGCUGGAUCAGUUCAGUUCAGUGGUGUUUAAUGAAUGUACAUGCUGAUGAUCCAGCAGAAGGUAAACUGCUUAAAUGGAACUAAGGAAGUUCACAAGAACAUGAGAUAUGGAGUGUUCUCAGUAAGAGAGACUGACAGCAAACACUAAAAUUAGUGAGGUAUGAGCCAACAUGGGACGGGACAGGUCUUGCACGGUUAAAAAGGAACAAGAGAGAGAAAGUAAAAGAGAGAGAAGUCACUAAGGGCAUUUUCACACGUACCUUGUUUGGUUCCAACUUCAAAUCCAAAAUAUCUGACUAAAUGAACAAAAUUUAGCCUAACCAAAAAGAAGUGGUGAGCUGAACCAUGAUCCGGUUCGUCUGCUGUAUAAAAGCCCUUUUAUACACUUCUAGAUUGUUCAGACUAUUCUAAAGAAAGUUUUAUAUACAGCAGUCCUGGUGCAACAAACUAUGUUACAUUGAUGAUUCCUGUAUCUACUGUAACUGUAGAUUAACCCUUUAAAAAAAACAAGCCUGAAUUCAAGCACCUGUGCAUACAAAUUGGAGUCAAAUUGCAACAGGAAGGCAGGAUUUAUAGCACAGCAUGUGGGAAAGCUAAUUUCCAGACUCCCAACAUUCUAUAAAUGUGUCAGUGUAAAGUUAUAGAGAUGUAGGAGACACAGGAAAGUUCUUUACACUGCAUUUAUAUGCUUUUUAUACGUCAAAGCAUCGCAAUGAAUCCUAUUAAUGUACAAUGGGACAUGUUGGUUCUGUCAGGCGCAGCCCUGCAAUGAUUCAUGGGACCGAUUCUUUGAUUCCGGGGAGCCAAUAGUAACUUUAUGCUAGUGAAUCCAUCCAAUCUGAUUUUUUCAAUCCAAUCAGACGAGAGCAGGUGUUUGUAUUUACGUGUCAUCAGUGCAGCGUAUGAAACAUUCUUUCCGUAUUUAAAUGAAUUAAAACACACACAGGCGAUUUAAUUGGACAACGCAGGCAACGCCGCUGUUAAUGCCCACAUGUGGCCGAUUGAAGGGGGGUGUAUGUUCAUGUCUGUUAACGCGAUGGAGAAGUGUAAAUGCAGUGUAAAUCUGUUCACUAAACUGCAGUGUGAAACCAAAACCCAAAACUAACCAGAUUAAAUGCUCAGUAUAGUAUAUAGCACACAUUCUUGGUUCAGAUUGUGCCU